UUUAUCGCAAGAUAAUAGUCACAAUUCACAUUUCACAAAUGACAAAUCACAAGUAGUAAAUAAAUGAAGUAGUGUGCUGUAUGAAAUGUGAAUGUUUUAUAAGCGAUCUCAUGAGUGGUAAUUUGAAAAAUUUCCAUAACAAAAAACUGUUAAUACUUUUAAUGGUUUUCUUAUUGUUUCAUUAACGCAUCAACAUUGUUGAUUUACAUUUCAUUAAAAACAAAUUUCGGUUUUUCUGAAAGGACUCACAAAGCCGGCAAUCAAUUGCCUUCUGAGUUCUGUGUACCGCUUAUCAAAUAAUUUAAAAUGGGAGUCGACACCGAUGUUGUUAAAGCACAUGUGCGUCCUAGAUGUUUUAUGGAUGUGGCUGUAGAUAACAUACUUUUAGGACGUAUUGUGUUUGAAUUAUUUGAUGAUUUUUGCCCGUUAACAUGUGAAAACUUUCGUGCAUUAUGUACUGGAGAAAAAGGAUUGGGCAAGAACACAGGUAAACCAUUGCAUUUUCAAGGCGUCAUAUUUCACCGUGUUGUGAAGUCUUUUAUGGUCCAAACUGGAGAUUUUUCGGCUGGAAACGGAACUGGAGGAGAAUCGAUAUUUGGAGGAACAUUCCCUGAUGAGAACUUUGAUCUAAAACAUGAUCAGCCAUUUUUGCUGUCAAUGGCUAAUCGGGGUCCAGACACUAAUGGUUCACAGUUUUUUAUAACAACACAGCCAACCCCUCACUUAGAUGGUGUUCACGUGGUGUUUGGAAGAGUUGUGUCCGGUCAGCCAGUUGUUAUGCAGAUAGAGGAACUUGGAGUUGACAAAAAUUCACGUCCUUUACAAGAUGCAAAAGUAGUUAAGUGCGGAGAACUAGUAUUGAAAUCGAAGAUUAAACAAGUGGAAGAUCAUGCUAUUGACAGUGAAUCAACUUCAGAAUCUGAUAACGAUAAAAAGCAUAGACGAAAAAAGAAAAAGGAAAAAGAAUCCAAGAAAAAAGACGGCAAAAACAGAUCAAGCCGAACCAAAGAAGAAAAUAGUGAAAACGAAGAAUCUGAUGGUCAAUUGCACCCACUUGCAUCCGUCACAAAUAUUGACCCUGAGGAAAUACCUUCUGGGCCACCUAACAGAUUUUUGUCACGAGGAGGUCCUUCAUCAAUGUACCCUGUUAAACCUCAACGAGACUAUAAUGAUAGACAAAAGAAGAAAAAUAGAAUUCGAGGUGUUACUAAGUCUGGGAGAGUUGUUAAAGGACGCGGAACUCUAAGAUUUCGAACUCCUUCUCGUAGUCGAUCUAGAAGUUAUACACCACCUCAUUGGCGUCAAGAACAGAAAAAAAUUAUUACUUAUAAUGAAUUUGAAAAAUUAGAAAUCGAACGCAAAGAAAGAGAAGAAGAGAUAAAAAGGCGUGAAGAGGCCAGGAAAAAAAGACACGAAGAAAGAGAAAAGCGUGAAAAAGGAAAUGGCGGAGAAACACCACCUGGUACUCCCCCUAAGGAAAAUGAUAAAGAAGAUAUUGAUAUGAUGGCUAAGAUUGAAGACGUAUUUCAAAUAAUUAGAGACCGCAAUGUAAAAAAUGACAGGGGAAUUUCGUCUUAUGACUCUAAAAAGAUAGGACAGCGUAAUUAUGACUCAAAGAAGAAAAACGAACGAGAUGAAAAAAAUAGAUAUUCCAAUAAAAAAAUUGACAAAAGAGAAAAUGAUAGACGUUCCAGGAGCAGGUCACCGAGACGCAGGUUCGAUAAUAAUUAUCGUCGGGAUACAGGAGGACCCAGAGCUAACAAUAGGUUCCAUCAGGAUAAUAGGUAUAAUAAUAGGCACGGGCAAGGAGGAAACAGAAACCGGUCCAAGGACAGAGAACAAAAUAACAGAAAAAGGAAAAAUAGUCGUAGAUCUAAUUCCAGUUCUAGUUCUUCUGAAAAUGAUAAAAAUAAAAACAAUUUAAAGAAUAAAGACAACUUUAGCUUAUCACCUGAAGUCAAAGAUUAAAAACAUAAAAUAACAUUGAUCACCUCUUGUAUAAAUUGAUAUAAAUUCAGCACAAUCUUGAAAAUAAAUAAAUAUUUUAAAUUAUGUGCCACACCUUUUUAUUUUAUUUUACCAUUUGGUGUUAUUUUAAUUUUAUUUUUUUGGUAAUUGUAUUAUAAGCAAUAGACGUUAAAAUUUAUUAAGUAUAAUCAUUUAUAUUUAUUUAUUUGUUCAUUUUAAAUAGAUACAGUAUUACCCCUUAGUUCAUAAAUACAACAUCGUGAAAUAUAUUAUAGAAAAUUAUAACUCAAAUUUUAACUGUAACUUAUUCUCUGUGGUUCAAUUUUAAGUAUUUUCAUGUCAUUAUUCUUAAAUAAAUGUAAGCUGCAAAAACUGAAAAUAA